AUGUGUGUGUGUGUGUGUGUGUGUGCGUGCGUGUGUGUGUGUGCGUGUGUGUGUGUGCGUGUGUGUGUGUGUGUGUGUGUGUGA